AGAUAAAGGCCCUUUGCGCUCCCCCGGUGGAUCCCCUGGGAGACCUGUUGAUACCUCUCUCCAUCUCACUUACCUUUCUGCGUUUGCUGCUGUUUCGUUUCUAAAUGCUCGCAGCGUGCUCGGCUCCGGACGUGUGAUGCAAAUGAAGGACGUUCCUUCUUCCCAAGGAGUUAGUUCCUUCAGAUGGAUGGGAGACCCGGGAGAGAAAUCACGUAGAUCUUGUUUUUCCUCCAUAUUUUAGUGUCACUGCAGUGACCCUGAUGGGCUUCCUGCUCUUGUUCUCAGUCUUCCCAUCCAAAAGGCAUGAUUCAUUGAAUUAAGAGUUGCUGCUGCUUUCCACCUUGCCUGUACACCCAUUAUUCUAACUAUUCUGUCAUCUCCAUUAAUCAGCCUUCUUUUUCUGUCCACAUUCUUGUUACUUGGUUGGGUUUUAGCCUUUUAACGGGGUGGGUUUGUUUGUCAUUAUGGUAGGAACAUCUUGCCAUAAGUGUCUUGGUAGUACAUGACUGUGUUCUGUAAUGAACAUAGUGACAAUGCUUGCUUUUGGCUCUCCUCUCUCCUUUUAAUGAAAAGGUAGGAGGGGAAGAAAGACUUCUCGUGUGGAAGACCACCCUGCUGACCUGAUCCUUUCUGUGCAAGAUGAUGAUGGUGCUCUUAUAGACCAGGGGUUUGUGUCCUUGAUGCCACUGUUCAGUUCAUCCACUCUGAGAGCAAGGGUCAGUGUGGAGCUGGAAGUGCUUUUGGCUGCCUGGUCCCUCUUUGCAGUGGUUGUACUUAUGCCGUUGCUGUUACCCUUGGAGCUGGACUGGCUGUUUUGUACCGGUUGAGUAUUCUAGGAAAACAUGGGAUUACAAUAGAGAAGGAAGCAAGAAUGCAUUGCAGAGUGAAUGCCCGGAAACAAUAUUUAGUGUGUCCAGCACUGUGCUAAUUAAACAAACCAAGUGGAAAAUAUUUGCCGUUCUGGGAGUUCCCUGAUGGAAAUGUGCAGUCUUGUGCUCGGUUUUUUUGAUAGGUGAACACCUCUGUAAUGUCAUUCUCCAUUCUUAAGCUCUCAUCAGCUUGGCUGUUCUGAUGAAGCUUUGCUACGUUGAAUACAUCUAUUUAGAUUCUGCCUGCUUUCAAAUACCAAAUAGUUCCUUUAUCAGUGGUUCUACUGCUGUUAGCUUUGCUGCUAUUCCUUGCUUACAGCAAUGCUGGGGAGUUUAGGAUUUGUUCUUUUUUGUGGCCUUGGUUGUAUCCUUGCUUAUAAUGGUAAGGAAGCCGCCAGUGCACCAUCCAGUACGAGGUUUGAGUUCUGCCUGGGUCUGCUGCGGUUCCUGUAGUCCAUAGUGCCAAUGGCUAUGAGCAGCAUUGUAGGUACUGGACAGCUGUACUGCAGGACCUUUCCCACCCAGCUCAUGCUUGUUUUCUCACUGGUCUAACAUGUCCAGUGAGUGGUCUCCAUUUCGCUGUGCACAUCUGGGUGAAGUUGAGCAUGUUUCUGAAUCCCCAUUUUAGCUGGAAUCCACGGACUUAGCUCUGUUUUCCUGAUUUUUAAAUGAUCUGAUUGGACAAUUUGACACUAGUUCUCAUUUUUGUCAUUGCAGAGAUUUUUUCCUGUCUAUUUGUCUGUUCCUUCCCAGCCUUUCAGAUGUCUGCAGGGCUUAGCAUUCCAGGAACAAACUGUCAUCUUUACAGUUGUCAUAGGCAAAACACAAUAAAUAACCCAAUCUGUGUGUGUGUGUGUUGCCUUGAAAGUAUUGGACUUUGGUUCCAUGAAAUUAAUGUCCCAAAAGGCAUCCUGUUCCCUGAUUUGAUUUUUGCUAACUUCUUUUAAUCCUUUAAGAUGAACGAAAGUGCCAACAAGAAGAGUUGACACAGACAGCAGACCUCUACUGUUCUUCCUGAUGUGGUCAGUUUAAAACUCUUCAGCUCAAAAGUAAAGCCUUGUAUCCCAUGUGCUGAGAAGCAGGCUGGAUCCCUUCCAAGUAUUUCUGAAAACAGCUUGGAAACAAAAUGAACACUUUCCUUGGAAUUUAUCUGUUCAAGGCUGCUAUAUGGCAAGCACUUAACCACUACGCUUACCGAGAUGCCGUGUUCCUUGCAGAGAGGUUAUAUGCAGAAGUACAUUCAGAAGAAGCGCUGUUUUUACUGGCAACGUGUUACUACCGCUCAGGAAAGGCCUAUAAAGCAUACAGGCUCCUAAAGGGACACAGCUGUACUACUCCGCAGUGUAAAUACCUGCUUGCAAAAUGUUGCGUUGACCUCAGCAAGCUUGCAGAAGGAGAGCAGAUCUUAUCUGGUGGAGUGUUGAAUAAACAGAAAAGCCAUGAUGACAUUGUGAUGGAGUUUGGUGACUCUGCAUGCUUUACGCUCUCCUUACUGGGACAUGUCUAUUGCAAGACAGACCGGCUUGCCAAAGGAUCAGAAUGUUACCAAAAGAGCCUUAGUUUAAAUCCUUUCCUCUGGUCCCCUUUUGAGUCGCUAUGUGAAAUAGGUGAAAAACCAGACCCUGACCAAACAUUUAAGUUAACAUCUCUACAGAACUUUAGCAGCUGUCUGCCUAACACUUGCACAACAUUGGUAUCUAAUCACAACAUAUCGCACAGGCAGCCUGAGACUGUCCUGAUGGAAACGCCGCAGGACACAAUUGAGUUGAACAGAAUCAACCUAGAAUCCUCCAAUUCCAAAUAUUCCUCUUUGAACACGGAUUCUUCUAUGUCUUACAUUGACUCAGCUGUAAUUUCACCAGAUGCUGUCCCUCUUGGGUCAGGAACUUCUAUAUUGUCUAAACAGGCUCAAAAUAAACCAAAAACUGGGCGAAGUUUACUGGGAGGACCUGCAGCUUUGAGCCCAUUAACUCCAAGCUUUGGAAUUUUGCCACUAGAAACCCCAAGCCCUGGAGAUGGAUCCUAUUUACAAAACUACACGAACUCUUCCUCUGUUAUUGAUGUGCCAUCCACAGGAGCACCUUCAAAGAAGAAACUUUGUGUUAUGCAGACUGUGAGCAGGAUAAGCCAAGCUGGAACCAAGUCUGUCUUCUCGCAGAGUGGAAAUAGCCGGGAAGUCACUCCAAUUCUUGUUGCACAAACCCAGAGCUCUGGCCCACAGACAAGUACAACACCUCAGGUAUUGAGCCCAACAAUUGCUGCUCCACCAAAUGCACUGCCUCGAAGAAGCUCUCGCCUCUUUACUAGUGAUAGCUCUACUACAAAGGAAAAUAGCAAAAAGUUAAAAAUGAAGUUUCCACCUAAGAUUCCAAACAGAAAAACAAAAAGUAAAACAAAUAAGGGAGGAAUAACUCAACCAAACUUAAAUGACAGUUUGGAAAUUACCAAACUGGACUCUUCCAUCAUUUCAGAAGGGAAGAUUUCCACUGUUGCACCACAGAUCCAGGCUUUUACGCUACAGAAGGCAGCAGCAGAAGGUUUGAUGAGCCUUCUUCGUGACAUGGGGAAGGGUUACUUAGCCUUGUGUUCAUACAACUGCAAAGAAGCGAUCAACAUCUUAAGCCAUUUACCAUCCCACCACUACAACACUGGCUGGGUGCUGUGCCAGAUUGGGAGAGCUUACUUCGAACUUGCAGAAUAUAUGCAGGCUGAGAGAAUAUUUUCAGAAGUAAGAAGGAUUGAAAACUACAGAGUCGAAGGCAUGGAGAUCUACUCAACUACGCUGUGGCAUCUGCAGAAGGAUGUUGCUCUUUCAGUUCUCUCCAAGGAUUUGACAGACAUGGAUAAAAACUCACCAGAGGCAUGGUGUGCUGCAGGAAACUGUUUCAGCUUGCAACGAGAGCAUGACAUUGCAAUCAAGUUCUUCCAGAGAGCCAUUCAAGUUGAUCCAAACUAUGCUUAUGCCUACACCCUGUUGGGGCAUGAAUUUGUGUUAACAGAAGAACUAGACAAAGCAUUAGCUUGUUUUAGAAAUGCAAUCAGAGUCAACCCUAGACACUAUAAUGCAUGGUAUGGGUUGGGGAUGAUUUAUUACAAACAGGAAAAAUUCAGUCUAGCAGAAAUGCAUUUCCAGAAAGCACUUGAUAUCAAUCCUCAGAGCUCAGUCUUACUGUGUCACAUUGGAGUAGUCCAGCAUGCACUGAAAAAGUCUGAGAAGGCUUUGGAUACAUUAAACAAAGCUAUUAACAUUGACCCCAAGAACCCACUAUGCAAAUUCCAUAGAGCUUCUGUAUUAUUUGCAAAUGAGAAAUACAAGUCUGCUUUACAAGAACUUGAAGAACUGAAACAGAUCGUUCCCAAAGAGUCUCUUGUUUACUUUUUAAUAGGAAAGGUUUAUAAGAAACUGGGUCAAACACAUUUGGCCCUAAUGAAUUUCUCAUGGGCAAUGGACUUAGAUCCCAAAGGAGCCAAUAACCAGAUUAAAGAGGCCAUUGAUAAACGUUACCUUCCAGAUGAUGAGGAACCAAUAACUCAAGAAGAGCAAAUCAGUGAAUGUUACCCCUAUGAAUCAGCUGGCACAGACGAAUCCCAAGAGAGCAGCAUGACGGAUGCCGAUGACACACAGCUCCAUGCAGUUGAAAGUGAUGAAUUUUAACCUCCAAAAGCCAGUAUCUGAGCUUGAGUGUGUGACUGGUACUGUUGUGUUCUCCCCUUCCUUCGCAUCCUGGGUCUUCACAUCACUGAGCCAGCAUUGUCAUUAUUCUCCCAACACCACGAGUACACCUCUCGGACUUCAGCUGUACACAGAGUUAAUGGCAGUGCAAUAUUCAGCUGCUACUGAGUCUGACUUGUUGGCUCUUACUCAUGUAUGAAAGUGACUGAGGAGGAAAUGCUAUUUUUGGACUCCCCUUUGCUGGAAAAAUAUCAUGGAAGAAAGACUUAUGGUUUGCUGUACCGAAGCCAGUAGAUGCGGGGAUAGUACUAAUGAAGCAGUGUCUUGUUCUUUUUCCAGAGCUGUGUCUUAGUUUGGUUCUUUCUUGGUAAGCAGAGUGCUGAACCUCAUUUCCAAGGACAGUGUUGACAAAUGCAGGCGGUUAAAAGACUUUUGAAUAUUGUAACUUAAAUGCCAGGGGAUGUAAAUAACCUUAAAGCUGCGGUGGCUCCAGAGAGCAAACACAAAGCACGUGCUCAGGAGCGUGUCCCACCACGUGAAACAUCCCGUGUCCCUGCUUAGAGUGGAAACGUAGCGGGAGGAUCCCAAUGGAGAAUCAAAGCUUUGAUGAAAUGCUUUUGUGUUCUAACCAAGAGUUUAAUUUAUUCACCUCGGUUCUGAAAAGUCAGGGUUUACUUUUCUACUUCCAAGCAACCAGUCAGCACCGUCUUGUUCAUUUUCCGUAGAUUCCUUCACUUGUUCUUCUCCUUUUAAGAAUAAAACUUAAUAAAGGGCAAAAUCAAGAGAGCAACAUCGAUCCACCUAAUGAGAAACAUCCACCCCUUAACCCAGCGUGAUGGUGUGUUUCUGAGCAGACUGGGAAACCCAUGGAAGCCUUAAGAAGAUCAGAACCUUCGUCAACCCCAUCAACUCAUUGUUGAAGAUGAGCAUCAUUUAAAAACCAUUUUGGGAAGUGUGGUCCAAGCAAAAUGUGCAAUUUUCUGUCUUUCUCCUUUCUUUUUAAGCUGUUCUUUCAGAUCUCGCUCCAAAACCACUGUCCUCUUGGCCAGAGGCUGCUUCACCGAGUCCAAAAUGAUCUUUCUCCGCAGCAACAAUCGGUGCCCUUUAUGCAGUGAUGAUGCAGAACGUGUAUGAUAUGAGCAGUUUUAAAGAGCAACUUAUGCCUAAUAAAUUGGGAAUGAUACAAAUUUCAUAGCAACAUCUUGGUUGUGGUCGGUCUUUAUUUAAUGGAUUGAUUUUUAGGGGUCUUUUACCUUUAGAACUCUAUUUUCUGGCCUUGCCUUGCACGAGGCAUCUCUUUCUGUCACCUCCUUUUCGGUCAUGAGCCACAUGGACACUUUAUGGUUUGGAAAAUAAGCCUCAAGUGCUGAGCAAAAGUAGAAUUCUCUGAUUUCUUUUUUGAAGGAGGAGGAUAAGCAGUUUAAAAAAGAGGCUUAAACCCCACUAAUAGCAUGAAAAGGAAUUCCUAAACCCUGAGGAAUGAUAUUAAAGGAGCUUUGUGCCUCUGCCACAUAUUUCUGAUCAGGCUGGGGCUGGAAGCUUGAUGAACUGACUGGAAAAUCAUGACAAGCUGCAAUGGAUUUUUGUGGCCAUAGAUCUUCACUUUCCUGCUGUGUCCUCCCUGAGGAAGACUCGGGGCGUGGAUGGCCCAAGAGCAUCCCGUGUCUCUCCUGCUGUGGUUUUCCCACCCACCCCCAGCGCAUCCGCUGCACCUUCAGUGUCAGCUCUGGAGGCAGCGCUGGGCUGAGGUCACCAAUUCCCACCUUCAUUGGCUUCCUUUUGCUCCCCAACAUCCUUUCGAACCAAAAGCUGGGAAUCAGCAGGUGCUGCUCUCGACUCUUUCCCAUAACAACCACUUGUUUAAAUGGAGACCAGAGAUGCGGGGAAUGAGGUGGCUUUUUCCCUUUUUCUCUUUGGUUCUCUACAAAUUGUCACCAAUUCUAGUAAAAUUUUUCAGCACCCUCAAAAAAGCUCCAAAUUCCAUUGGGAUGGUAAAAGGAAAUGGGUGCUACCUGGUAGAUGUGCUACGGGAAUAUAUCCCUUGCUUUAGACGUACAUCAGACCUUAAAGGGGUUUUUUCUUCACCCUGGAGUAACAUUGAGCCCAUGCUCCGAUUUUCCCUUCUCAACAGAUACACAGAACUGGGCUUCACUCACUAGAGCUUUGCUCUCUGAAGAGGGGCAGGGAGGAGGAGGAAGAGGAGAAGGAGCACGAAGGCAGCCAGGUCGGAGCAAGUGUGUUCACUGGAAAGAAUUAGGGAACUGUCAUUUUCUUAGGACACAACAAUGCAGAAAUGCGGAAUGUGGGUGUGGAGUGUCCUGUUUCCACUGGAACAAUGUCAGUUGUCUCCCCCUCCCCCUUUUUUUUUUGCUUUUCUUGAAUUUUUAUUUCAAAAAUUGUACAGUCUUAGGAAAAAAACCAAAAGUUUUUUUGUUCAUAUAUUUGCGACUCAUUAAAGGAUGUGGAAAAUCCAAA